AAAAGGGCUUAUUUCGGAGAGUUAUUCACACAAAUGCAGUGUCAGUUGGUCGGUCGGUUGGUUCGCAUUUGUAAAAAUACUGCAUAUAUUAGUUGCGUAUACGCCGUGUAGCUUACGAUAUAGUGUGUGCAAGUGUUGGAUGAAUUUCAAACAAAAAAUAAAUAAAACAGCACAUAAUUGAAAAGCGAAAACCGAAUAUGUUGGAAAUAUUUAACUAUAUAGGAAUUUCGCUGUUGCUAUUUAGCGCAGGAACUAAGGGUCAAAGUGGCUACAGCUAUGGGCGGCCCGAAAUAUCCAAUGCGGCGAGUGGCGGACUUGGCAGUUCGAAUCCUCUCCGGCCAAUAGUUCCCGUAAGCAGCAAUGCAUUAGCUGGUUCUUCAAACACUCCCUUAGGCUACACCUCCUCAGCCAGCUCUGCUUUUGGCGGCACUGCUGGUGCUGGUGCUACUCCUUAUUCCAACUUUGGAACACAGCCGUCAGCUUUAAGUUCUACUGCACCAGGAUCAUUCUCUGGCGCCACUGGUUCGUCUGCAUUGCAAGUAGGCACCGGUUUCAAUGCACCAAAGCGUCCAAUUAUAACACCACAGCAACGAGGUAGUGCAGGAGGAGUAUUUAGCGGUGGUUUGGCCAACAUUGCCACUGGACAAUCGGCGUAUAACAAUGCAGCAAGAAUUUCAACAUUCAACGAUGUAGACUACAGUGGCGAAGGGGAUUACUCUGCUAUACCGGGCGUCCCGGCCGUUGACUAUCCUGUGUACGCACAAGUGCCACAAACCAACUUUGAUUGCGGACAGCAGCUUCCUGGUUAUUACUCGGACGUCGAUGCUCAGUGUCAGGUUUUUCACAUAUGUGCGCUCAAUCGCACCUACUCCUUCCUUUGUCCAAAUGGUACCAUUUUCAGUCAGGAAACACUUGUCUGCGUAUGGUGGAAUCAGUUUGAGUGUGCAACAGCGCCAGCACUUUAUGGCAACAAUGCGUAUAUCUAUGAUUAUGGCAAUGAACAGCGCGCAGGCAGCACAUAUAGCGCAACGGGUAGCUCGGCUCAAUUGGGUGCACGUCAACCGGCAAGUUAUCCUGGCGCUUCAAGUGCAAAUAGUUUGCGCCCUACAAGCGGAACUUUGCCGUCGGCAGGUGGUAUUUUCGGCACCGCGAAUUUGCGACCUACCGCUUAUGGUACAGUUCCAAGCACACCAGUAACACCAGUGCCAUCGAUUGCAGGUUACAAUACGAAUGCAGCUCGCUAUUCAAGUGGCCCUCCAAGUGCGGCUCAGUCCUUCAAUACAGCUAUUGCUCCCAUUUCAGCCACCCAAGCUAGUUACGGACCUGGUGGGGUUGGAGUGAGUGGUUCGGGUACUGUGCCAGCAGGAGCUACUACAAAUAGUGCGAAUAGUAAUCGUGAAUAUUUACCUCCAUCUCAACAGCAAAGGAGGCCUUAAACAUGUUACUUCAAAUAGUACUACCAUAUACAAUAAGGACAUUUGGCACCUGUACCCGGUUUAUGCUGUCUCUGGCAUUCCUGUACUUACUUUCACAUAGGUAGUACACAUAGUUUAAUAAUUUGCUUCAUAUGAUUUUAAAUACCUUAUGUAACCAACGCUCUACUUCGAAUUCAUUAUAAAUACUUUAUUUCACAUUCUUGCAUGGCAUGCCCUCUUACCCUAAGCUUUCUUCAUGCGCAUAUUUCAUUUUUCAUUUGUAUACCGCAUUAUAUAAAUAUUAGUAAGA